GGUCUGAGAGCCGGCCGUUGGGACAAAUCGCAAUGAAAUCAUUUAAUAGCAAACCGAUGGCCUCCAAGGGCCACUCGACAGAGGAGGAACAGAUUCUAGAUGAACUUUCCCGCUGGUUGGCACCGAUACUGAGAGACCCUGAGAAAGCGAGGAAGAAGGGCCUCGAGCGGGACCAGGAUGGCUGGGCCAAACUGGAGGAAGUCGAGAAGAUUCUGAGACGCUCUCGACUCCAACAGCACGUCGGCCAGCUCAGGAGGAUGCUGACAUGGAGCAAGUAUGAUAGGGGCCGGGAGGCUGGCCAACCGCGCUUUAUUGUGCAGACCUGGAACGAUGACGAAUAUAUUCGUCCUUACAAGAAGGUGCUGAUAGAGGAUAAUGUGCCAAGGUGGUCAGCGAUGGUUGUAGGUGAGGAGAGUGAGGGAGCACGAGAAGAUAUCAGAGCUUCACCGGCACCAGCACCUGCGAUGCCUGCGGCGCCUGCGGCACCUCAGGCAGCUGAUGCAGCAGCAGCUAAAGCAGCAGCCUUUGCACCCGCAGAAAAGCCUCAGCCGGAAUCACCAAUCCGCUUCCCACAGCUCGUCUACCCGAAGAUCGUGGAAAUGCUGAAACAGGUGAAGGAUAUGGGGCAAUGCAUGUCCGUGUCAAAAGCUCCUUGA